AUGGCAGAGAGUCGGGCGAAUCAGGACCCGGACGUCGAGAUCCUAGUUCACGUCACGGCACCAAGCAGGACGGCAGACGACGUUGCAUAUCGGCAGCUCGCGCAAUCCUAUCUUUCCUUUCAGUCCCAGCGCCGGGUUACCUUUACAACUGAUCCCAUUCAGGAGGAUUACUAUGAAAAUGGACAGCAUACUGGCGAGGUGGGGAAUUCUCCAACGCAAGAGACGGUCUCUUCAUUCAACAAGGACUUCUCGGCGGUGACUUCAGGACAGCCGUGGGUUCCAGAGACCCAGGAUCUAAGCUUUCGAAGUGUGUACGAUAAUCGCUUUUCACCGCCAUUGCAAGAGAGACGUGACUCGGCAGACAAGUCUUUCCCAACCGAGGAUGCGGAAUCUCUCUCGACUCAAGUCUUGUCCCCAUGGCGUGCACCUCCAAGCCAAGUCAACGAUUCAUACCCCUUACCGGAUGCUGAGAUUCGCCUCGCUUCGCCAACGAGGGUUCUGGAGCACUAUUUGAAGAACCUGAAUUCAUCGGCGCCUCCUAGGUCCUCGCCACCUGGACCAGCUCCCAAUGUUGGUGAAUCCGCCUCGUUACCCAGCCCAUAUGGGGGAAAUAUCCCGUCAUCUAUCCCCAUCCCUCCUGGCGUGGGCGGGGCUGCAAGCCAAUCACUUGGAUAUGGAAGCGCUGCAGAUAUAAUCCCGGUCACACCCGGAGUACCAGAAGUAUCGACACGGAAGCGGGAGCAGUUCUCUCCAACUGUGAUCAACGAAACUAUAUACAUAUCAAGCAGUGCUCUUGACACAGCGUCAGAAGCGGCUUCCUUCAGAGCUGAAUCUGCACCGCCUAUAUCAAAACGGCAAAAGGGACUCGCUGAUGAAGCCGAAGCUACCAAUCUACAACGGAGCUCAAGUGACACCGGGCCCGUAAGGACCAAUCAGCCAACAAGCACCUCUUUUGCUGUAGUGAAGGAAUUGACCGACGCCUUGGAAAUCCGACCCCCGUCGCCUCCAGCAGGAAUCAUGGACCUCGAGCCUGCAGACUUGGUAUCAGAUAAACUAGCCAAACUGGCCAAGGACCUCUCAUCUCGAUAUCGCCCCGUGAUAAAACGCGAAACAGAACCCCUUGAACGAGGAUACUGGCUCAUCGACUGCACCGACUGGUCCCCAGAAACUCACCACGAAGCCUGGGUCUUCUUGGCCAACUACCUCCGCAGUGGGCUCGCCGGUUGGGGCGUGUGGUGUCGUCGCGAUGAAUCGCACACCUGGAUCCGCUUCUACUGCUGGGCUCAUGUUGCCAAGCAUACAUAUCUGCUGCUGUACCUUGCCAGCGGUAGACAUCUGAAAACUACCGGCGCGCAAUGGAUUGGUGCCGAUGGAGAAGUUGUCCUGGAAGUGCUUCCCGUGGAGAAGAAGUAA